AUGCACAAGGCACAAGUUCCACCGACACUCGGGGCGGCUGCCCGACGCCCGAUCCUUGUGGUCGCCUUCCUCAAGAACCUCGCGUCGGUGAUUUACCUCGUCGUCUGCGUCCUGAUCAUGCUUCUCUCGACGCCGAGCCAGAGAAUCCGCGGGCAAGCGUACAUGAGCUCGUCGUGGAGCCCGGCGGUGUACACCGUCUACUGCCUUCUCCAUCUUGUCGCCAUGCUCCCGACACCGACGUGGCUAUCGUCAUCAAGCCAAAAUACACUGACGCGGCUCGUUCAACGGAUCAAGUCAUGGAUGGCCUCCGAUACGGUGCGAGCAACUUUCCAAGCGAUCGAAACGACCGCGCAGGUGCUGCAAGGGUAUCAUCUCAGCGCCCUCUCCGUCGACAAAGACAUCGUCCUAGUCUACGCACUCCUCAUUAGCGGACGCUGCCUGGUCGUGCCGUGGCUGCUCUUCUCCUCCAAUGUGUUUGUCAAAACCACAUUGAUCUUGGCGAUCAACAGCCUCGUGAGCUUUGGCAUCGCAGUCGGCCUCGCGAUGGUUCGGAUUCUGCCGCCACUGCUCCUGGCGGUCACCGGCGAAACCAAAGACAUCUAUUCGCCGGAGUGGGGAACCCGCAACAUUCUCCUAGCGCGUUUUAUCUUCCCGACGUCCGGGGCCGACCUCUUGGAGAAGAGCAUUGUGCUGAGUGCCAACGUCGUUAACGUCCGUCGGCUGGUACUCGCAGCGGCCAAGCUACCGCCCCAACGACCAUCCCUGCGCCGCACGUACACUGCACCAGUGAUGCUCGGGCCGUCUGCCUCUGUCUUGUCGCUUCGCCGGGCCACGUCCUUUGCCAAGCUACACUCCGUCGCGUCGCAGUCACUACGCACGGUCACGGAAGUCGGGCAAACGCUGCAGUUUCGUCAAAAACGCAUCCUCAAACUCUUCCUGGUCUACCAGCUGCUCAUGGGGGCCACCGUGCUCUUCAACGUCAUCGACUUGGUCUGGCUACGCUCACCGUGUCCACAUGGCUGUCAGCUGCAGACGCACCCAUGGUUCACUCGCUCGUGCUCAUGCGCGUACCUUCAUAUGAACUGCGCCGACCCAUCUUUUGAAAAAGCUAACCUCUCCGAUUCCCUCUCACCCGACAUUUGGGGAGCCUCAGUCUUCUUCCUGCAUCUCUCGCAGUGCUACCUGCCUACGGGAUUGGACUUGCGACUUUUGGCGCGACUCCACAGCGUUUCCGCCCUCGCCAUCGAUUUUUCAAACAUGACGUCGUGGGACGCGCCCCCAAACGUGACGUGGCCCCCGUCGCUGCACGGUAUCAACUUGCGAUAUGGCAAUCUGACGGCGAUACCCUCCGUCUUUUAUACGCUGCCACCGCAGCUGCAGACGCUCAGUAUCAUGGGUCACCCGCUCCGGACAAUACCGUCGGAUCUAUUUUCGCGCUGGACCACGGUGACAUGGCUUGGCCUCGCAGGCGCGCAGAUCACGUCGCUGCCUGACGCGAUGGUCCGUUUGGUCCAUCUGGAGCGGCUGAUACUGAUCGACAACCAAUUGAGCGAAAUUCCGGCAACGUGGGCAACGGCAUUUCCAGUCAUGCAGCGCUACGAGCUCUCGGGCAACGCCAUCUCUAUUUUGCCGCCGACGCUUGUCGACGCCAAGCCCAAGGCGUUGAUUGACUUGAGCAACAACCCGGUGUCGACGGCUGUCAACCCGAUUGCGCAGACACUUGCUCAAAUCUGAGUGUUGGCGACGGCGUGUGCCACCUCGGCUGUUUAUCGGUCAAUUGUGCAUGGGACGAUGGGGACUGCACUGCCGUCGGCACGCUCAAGGGACUUGAUGGGGAUCAAA